CACCAACACCCAUCAUCACAGUUUCAAGGCCGUGACACACAAUGUCUGAACAUUCCGACUCACUUGUAUCUCCCAAAGCAUCUGACUCCGGCCUUCAUAUCCAACUUCACCCUCUAAUCCUACUCACGAUCUCCGAUCACAUCACCCGCCACGCAGCCCGAUGCCAGCAGGGGCCCAUAGUCGGAGCGCUGCUGGGCCAGCAGAACGGCCGUGAAGUCACCCUAGAGCAUGCUUUCGAGUGUCUGGUAACGGAAGGGCCGAACGAGGAGGCUCAACUUCCGGAUAGCUGGUUUGCAGAGCGAGUCCAGCAAUUCAAGGACGUACACAAAGCGCCAGCGCUCGACCUAGUCGGAUGGUGGUCCACCAGCCCACCCACGGGCCCCAAUGCAUCCCACCUACCCAUCCACCGUUUGAUCCUCGAGAAGCACAAUGAAUCCGCGGUGUUUCUCGCCUUCCACCCCGGCGAGGUGGCCGGGGCAUCCUCCAAAGGCGGCAAACUGCCUCUCACCAUCUACGAGAGCGUCUACGAAGGGGGCGAGAAUGCCAACACCAACACCAUGCAAGUCGACAGCGAGGAACACCCACCACCAACAUUAAGCAUCAAGUUCCGCGAACUCCCAUACUCCGUCGAGACCGGCGAAGCCGAGAUGAUCGGCAUCGACACCGUCGCACGAACCGCCCGCAACGCAGCCAUCUACCCCUCGACCACCAGCAGAGACCCAUCGCAAACAAGCAAAGCCAAACAAUCAAGCAAAGAACCGCAGCAGCAGCAGCAACAACAACAACAAACAACCGAACCAUCAGACCUCCUCUCGCCCGAAGAAGAAGAGCUAAUCGCCAGCCUCAACACGCGCCUCAACGCCAUCCGAACCCUCGAAUCCCGCAUCUCACUCAUCAAAUCCUACGUCUCCAGCAUCUCUUCCUCUCCCUCUACCCCACCACCCACAACAACCCUUUCCCACCCCAUCCUCCGUAACAUCAACGCCUGCCUCUCCCACCUCGCCCUCCUCACACCCCCCGCCAACAGCGCCCUGACCCGCGAAACCCUCGCCCAGGCCAACGACGUCCACCUCGUCGCCCUCCUCGGCCAGCUCAGCCACAGCAUCAGCCACAUGCGUGAACUGGGCAAACGCACCGCCAUCCUGAACAACGCCCGCCGGACCAUGGCCGCGGCCGCGCGGAAAUCCGGCCCGUCCGGUUUGGGCGGAGGUGGCGGGAGCGGCGGUGGGGUGGACCUGCAGAUGCGGAUGGCGGGGUUGCAGGGGCGGUAUGGUGGUGGUGGUGCUGGGGAGGAGAUGCUUUACUCUGGGAGAUUGGGGGCCGGCGGGGAUGGAUUCUAG